CACAGUGACAGGCGAGAGUGGAAAGUGAGGAGCACGAGCAGCAGUUGGAAAGUUAAAAGUACAGUUUAAUGUACAACUCAGAGACGAUACAAUAAGUGGAAUAUCUUCUGAACAUGACAUCUAUAUCACAGGACAGUGAUAAGGAGAAGGUGCGUUCUGUAUCAGUCGACUUGAAUCACGAUGCAUCUCUCCUCAUUGAUAUUCCUGAUGCCCUCUGUGAGCGUGACAAAGUCAAAUUUACCGUCCACACCAAGACCACACUUAGUUCCUUUCAGAAGCCAGAAUUUUCUGUGCCACGACAGCACGAAGAUUUCAUCUGGCUCCAUGACACAAUUGUGGAGACUGAGGAUUAUGCUGGCCUCAUUAUUCCUCCCGCCCCACCAAAACCUGACUUUGAGGGUCCCCGGGAGAAGAUGCAUAAAUUGGGAGAGGGGGAAUCGAGCAUGACAAAGGAAGAAUAUGCCAAAAUGAAGCAGGAACUUGAGGCAGAAUAUCUCGCUGUUUUUAAGAAGACCGUGCAGGUUCAUGAAGUUUUUCUUCAGCGACUCUCCUCCCACCCUGUCUUCAGCAAGGACAGAAACUUCCAGAUCUUCCUGGAAUACGACCAGGAUCUCACCGUAAGGAGGAAAAACGCCAAGGAAAUGUUUGGUGGGUUCUUUAAGAACAUGGUAAAGACCGCUGAUGAGGUCCUCAUCUCAGGGGUCAAGGAGGUUGAUGAGUUUUUUGAACAGGAGAAGACUUUUCUGUUGGAUUAUUCCGUUAAGAUCAAAGAUUCCGCUGCUAAGGCUGAGAAAAUGACCCGUUCACACAAAAAUGUUGCUGAUGAUUAUAACCACAUUUCUGGGGCUCUAAACAGCACUGCUGCAGACAACAACUCUGCCUUUAAAAAGCACUUAGAAAAAUGUGCUGACGUGUUUGAAAAGCUUCGAAAAGUGGAGGACAGGGUGGCAUCAGAUCAAGAGCUCAAGCUGACAGAAUUGUUAAGAUACUACACAAGGGACAUCCAGGCUGCUAAGGACCUUUUGUAUAGACGUGCACGGGCACUUGCCGAUUACGAAAAUUCCAAUAAAGCUCUUGACAAGGCUCGUCUGAAGGGGAAGGACAUCGCGCAGGCUGAGGAGAACCAGAAGCAGUGUCUGCAAAAGUUUGACAAGCUCUCUGAGUCUGGCAGGAAAGAGCUCACCAGCUUCAAGGCAAGGCGUGUUAUAGCCUUUCGUAAGAACUUGAUCGAGAUGACUGAGCUGGAAAUAAAACAUGCCAAGAACAGUGUGUCCCUUCUGCAAGGCAGCAUUGAGAUGCUCAAAGGCAACUGACCCACACGAUGAGGUCACUGGACCAUCUUGAGCUCCUAGCAUUGUUACCAACCCAAUAGAGGGGAACCUGGAUGCACCACUUCAAAUGUCCUUAAUGUGGUUCAAUAAUAACUCUAAAACAUAAAAAAGAGCCACCACCAGCAAUGUCUCUUCCAUGUUUACACUAUAUCUAUUUUUUUUUUCUCAUGCCCGUUUUUGUUUUUACUGCCUGAAUCUUGCCACCAAACUGAGGGCAGUGAACAUGACAUCACCCUAAGCUCUCCAAUUUAUUUAAGUUCAAUAACACAAUUGCUGUGUUAAGUAUUCCAGGUCUUGUAAGCAUUAGCUGAGAUAUUUUAGCUCAGAUUAUGCAGACAGUUAUAAACCACCACAAUGACAGAAGAAACAAAAGCACACAACGUGAUUUUCUUUUGUUUUUGACUGCAAUUUUGUACCUUUAAAUGUGAUUAAUCUGCUUUUUGCUGUCACACUGGAAAGCUGAUGCAUACUAAUCAUGAACUACUACAUAAAACUUGCCAUGUGAUGACAGAGCAGUAUAUAUCUCUGAAGUGUGGAUUUCACAUUUUUCUUUUCAAUUGAGACUCAUUUAAAGACACGACCCAAUUUGUCAUAGAUUACUAGACAAAAAUAUAAGCGCCAUGGGAAUUAAUUUACAUUCAAAUUCUGUCAAAUUACACUGUCAGGGUCAAAAACAGCACUUUUUGUAUUGCAUUUGGUGAUUUUUAUGUUAAACGUAAAGGACUGUGAAAUUGCAGACUGACUCUGAUGUCCCCUUUUGGUUUGUGUGGGUGAAUCUCACAACUUUCUUUGUUUUGUUACUAUUAGUAGUUUGUGGAAUCCAGAGUUUUUUUAUGGUAAAGGUUAUGCAGCCAUGAAUAAGAUGGUGGUUCCAUAUAUGUUUUCCUCAAGCUGCAUGUUUUCCAUGAACUCAUCUUUUUUUGAUGACUGAAGUCAGAUCCUAUAGAGUCAUAUGUGAAAAAUGCUUCUGAUUUAAGUUUAUAUUUAGUUAAUUUAGUUUAAUAGUUUGUAUCCACACCCUUUUCCUAUCAUAUAAAUCAGCAUUCUUUAUUCAAAUGUAUUUUUUUACUUGACUAAACGAUUUCUCUUGAUGUUGUUACUAACAGUUUAAGACUUGCUACAUUUAAAUUCAGUGGACCAAUAUAUGUGUAAAGUUUGGUUUUAUGUAAAGCCACAAAAAUAUGUAACUGUGCUGUUCUUAUAAUGGAGAUUGAUUUGUAAAAGCACUAUUAUAAUGAUGUGCAGACUCAGAUGACAAAUUUUGUAAAUGAUUGUAUAGAUGAAAAAAGUGUUUUCAUAUGGAGUAUCAUCAUUUUUAUGAAAACUUGCAAUGAUGAAAAUGAAUAUGCCCUGCUUUCCCA